CGUUAUAGUUGUUAACUUGUUAUAUAUAAAUAACAAAGAACCGAGAGAGAGAGAGAAAGGGAGAAAGAAAUCGACUUAGAGAAUACGAAUAGUUGGUUCUUGUUCAAUUUCUUUUCGAUCAAAAUUAGCAUCAUCUUCAUCAUCUUUUGUCAAGAACAUGUCUGGAGGAGAUCAAACCUCUGUUGAUAGUAGACCCAGAUUGGUGGUGAGAAAGGUCUUAGCAAAGCCUCAACGUGAGGGAGAUGGAGCUGUCGUUAGAAGAAGCAUUGGAAGGAUGGAAUUGAAGCAGUUGGACCCCUUCCUCAUGUUGGAUGAGUUCUCUGUUUCUGCUCCGGCUGGAUUUCCUGACCAUCCACACAGAGGUUUUGAGACUGUUACAUACAUGUUGCAGGGAGCUUUCACCCAUCAAGAUUUUGCAGGUCACAAGGGAACAAUCAGAACUGGUGAUGUGCAGUGGAUGACUGCCGGUAGAGGGAUAAUCCACUCAGAAAUGCCUGUUGGUGAAGGAUCCCAGAAGGGUUUGCAACUUUGGAUCAAUUUAUCAUCCAAGGACAAAAUGAUCGAGCCUCGCUACCAAGAGUUAGUAAAGGAAGACAUCAAGAGAGCAGAGAAAGAUGGUGUUGAAGUUCGAGUUAUUGCAGGGGAGUCAAUGGGUGUCAAAUCUCCUGUAUACACCAGAACACCUACAAUGUACCUUGAUUUCACUCUAAAACCAGGAGCCCAUAUGAAGCAAAGUAUUCCAGAAUCAUGGAAUUCCUUUGUGUAUGUAAUUGAGGGGGAGGGUGUCUUUGGGUCCUUGAAUUCCUCACCUGCGUCAGCUCACCAUGUCCUGGUCUUGGGUCCUGGAGAUGUGAUCAAUGUGUGGAACAAGUCCGCCAAUCCCCUCAGAUUCGUCUUAAUUGGAGGGCAGCCUAUUAAUGAACCAGUUGUUCAGUAUGGCCCAUUUGUGAUGAAUACACAAGAUGAGAUCGAUCAGACCAUUGAAGAUUAUCACUUUUGCAAGAAUGGAUUUGAAAAUGCCAAGCAUUGGAAAUCUCAAUGACUGGAUUAAAGUUUGAAUAUCUGAAAUUGGAUCUGAAAUUGAAGCCAGAGAAUAUUCCCCAAAAAGGAAGGGAGAAAUAAAGGGGAGUCAUAUGUAUCCCUAUCCAACAUUAAUCCGGUAAAAGCAGAGGAUUCAGAAUACAUGGACUAUCAAACGCUUCUAGAAGCUCUAUGAGGGAGAUGGAAAAGUGGGGCUACUAUUAGGACCUGAUGAGUCAACUCAUCUAGAUUAUCUAUCUUUAAACUAGAUUUUCAUUCUUUUACUUUUGUUUAUCUUUUUGUAAUUCCAUAAUUUACAAGUUGAUUUUUUUAAACAACAGUUCUUGUUAUUUUCUUUCUUUUGGGUGUUGGUGGUGAUGGUGGUUGUAACUUCUUUUUGUGAGUUGGAUUUUCAAUUAUUUUUGCAUCUGCAGCUGCCAAUUCUACAAAAGUUUAGUAGUUGUAAGCACUCAUUAGUAGAGAGAAAUACAAUUAUGUGGAAGAGAUUGAUUUGGUUAUUGCCUUUGAA